AUGUCCCCACCUACGUCUUCCACAGAACAUCCCGCCAUCAGCAUUCCAUGGAAGUGUGUCCUCCUCUGCCGACCAAUGACUUACUGCAAAGGCUAUCUCAUCUUGCGUGGCUCAUCCCGUCCUCCUGAGCCGGAUCCCACCACUGCCUCUGUCCCAUACCACUCCCUGGGCUUCACUUGCCUUCCUCUCCUUCACGCCAAAUGGGUCCGCGCCGUUGCUGGACAGCCUCGACAUUGUACUUACAAGUGGCAUUCGGUGUAUUACGGCGACCCGUACGCCACGGACGCACAGUCUGGCCAAGUCCGAAGCACGCUCUACAUUGAGACCAGAGACGAACAAGUCACACCCAAGGGAGAUGAUCUCCGACUCGUGCUGCCUCACGAAAGAGGAUACCUGGGACUGCUUACAGAUAGUCGCCCAGACUUUGCAGAUGUGAUGAAGCAGCCUCUACCGAAGAUCAAGCAACUCGGGCCAAAGUCAUGGCGCGAAGAGUACGGCGUGUACACUUUUGCGUCCAGGGCGAUGCUGGUCUGGAGGGAUGACCAGGGAGUCGAGCGCGAGAGCGUCGUGGAUGUCAGAGGGGAAAGCCGUCUUUCACUUGAGUUCCCUAGAGGCGGGGUCCGACCGACACGCAGAGAAAGAGGGGGUAUCGACCGGUGA